AUGGACACGGUUACGUAACCUGAUACAGGAAAGGGAACGCGCUGGUGUGAUCCCGGAAGUGCGCCAUGUAAAAUCAACUAGUAGUGUAGUUCACUGAGUGUUGACAACAACAAAAGUACAUUUGUAAGUCAGGAUGGGCACUACAGCAAGUCAACUUGGGAAAGAUUUGCUUUCGGAAUACCAAGAGCUGACAUUCUUGACAAAGCAAGAAAUACUUCUUGCUCACAAGAGAUUCACUGAACUCCUCACAAAAGAUGAGAAAGAACUACCAAAUACCAGGGUACCAAUGGAAAGGAUUUUAACUUUGCCAGAGCUCAAGUCCAACCCAUUCAGGAAACGAAUCUGCCAUGUUUUCUCAACAUCUGAGCUGAAAGAUGGGAGCCUGACAUUUGAGGACUUUUUGGACCUCUUGAGUGCCUUCAGUGAUUCUGCUACUCUGGAAAUUAAAUCCCACUAUGCAUUCCGCAUAUUUGACUUUGACGAUGAUGGAACUCUUGAUUAUGGUGAUCUGGAGAAGCUGGUCAACUGCCUAACUGGUGAGACAGAUGACACAAGACUAACGACUGAAGAAAUGAGGCAGCUCAUUGGCAAUAUUCUUGAAGAGUCAGACAUCGACAAAGACGGAACUGUCAACCUUUCAGAGUUUCAGCACGUCAUCUCAAGAUCACCAGAUUUUGUCAGUUCUUUCAAGAUUGUGCUGUGAAGACCUUCCAACAGUGUGCAGAAAAGCAUUGCCCUUCAAACUCUUGUUGUUUAAUUUUCAAGUAGAACAACUUUUAGAUAUUUGCCUUAAAUUAUACUAGUAUUUACUGCCUUAUCUGUUUUAUGUAUUGUUUGUGAGCUAUAAAGGCUGUGAUUUAUUAUUUCUUAAAAUAAAAUUUAAAAUAUUUCCAAUAA